GUUCAGGGGACCAGAGACUGCGGCCACAGUACAGGAGAUGACCAGAGACUGCGGACACAGUGCAGGGAUGACAGAGACUGCGGACACAGUGCAGGAGAUGACCAGAGACUGCGGACACAGUACAGGAGAUGACCAGAGACUGCGGACAGCACAGUACAGGGAUGACCAGGGAGAGACUGCGGACACAGUACAGUAUGACCAGAGACUGCGGACACAGUACAGGGAUGACCAGAGACUGCGGACACAGUACAGGGAUGACCAGAGACUGCGGACACAGUACAGGGAUGACCAGAGACUGCGGACACAGUACAGGGAUGCGGACAGUACAGGGAUGACCAGAGACUGCGGACAGCACAGGGAUGACCAGAGGGGGGGGCGCGGUACUGAAUUUGACAGGUACCCGCUCCCACUUCCGCGG